CCCCAAUGUCUCCAUUUUCACACAAGAUUGAAUGAAGAAAACUGAAGAGUUGGGGGCAUAACUGAAAAGUGGAGGGGUUGGAAUGAGCUCCUGGGUCACUAACGAUCUGAGGUAUUUGUCAGGGGCUAGAGAAUGGUGCAAAGUUGCCGGGAGGGGCAGUACUUGGACAUGCUGGUGCAAAAGUGUGUGUCCUGCAGCAUGGUCUGUCAUAAACCUUUGAUUCUUACACGCUGCUCACAAUACUGCGUGGUCUGGAGAUGCAAAGCUGUGUCCAGCCAGUUCUACGACACACUACUGAAGAAGUGUUUGAAGUGCUCAGAGCUGUGUGGCAGUCACCCCUCAGUGUGCUCAGAAGUGUGCAAGAACACAGAUGCAGCGGCUGUGAUGCCUAAUGGCAUGUCUGCAGUGCAGUUGUUCAACACAAAAGGUCACUCAGUACCCAGAGCAGAGCUGUACUCGGAGGCGCUCCUGUACUCUCUGCUGGGCCUGUGCAUCGCAGUGCUCAUGUGUACAUUCACUGCUGCCAUACUAGUGCUGCUGAAGAGAGCAAAGGGCCACCAGCAGCCAAACAAACAUGGACAAUCAUCUAAUGAUUCUCUAAUGGCUCGGGCAGAGGAUGUGUCUCAGGGCAGAGUGAAUCAGGAUAGACCGAAGGCGACAGAAACCUGUGUCUAUUGCUUCUCGGAUCACCAGAGGGCGCCACACGUGCUUUAUCAGCAGGCAGAACCUCGCGCUUUAGACGCCGACGCGAGCCAGGACAACAAUCACCAUGACAACGGGCCGGACAAUAAUCCAGUUAAUGCAAAUUAUGAUAAAACCAGAUCCUUCAGGAUUAUAUGUUCACCUACACAAACAAGCAUGUGAAUGUAUUGUAGUAUACUUGCUGAAUCUCAGGCAUUCAUACAUGAACUGUUAGUGUUUUGCACGUCAACUAUAAACUCGUUGGCUACAGUCAUGGCAAACAUACUGCAUAUGUAAUUCAUCAAAAAUUCUUAUGGAAACUUAACUUCAUUUUAGUUUUAAUAAAUGUUAUGUACAAUAGGAUGCAAUAGCGACUGCCAACAUUUUAAGUGGCAUUGGUUUCAGAAGUUGUUUCCCCCUGUUCAUUUUCUGAAUGGGCAUUUAACAUUCAUCAUUACAGUCAUGCCAUCCCAGAUGUGAAUAUUUCAGCUGUUUGUCUAUACAAUGAAAGUGAAUGGUGGCCAAAACUUUCAAGCUCCAAAAACCACAAAGGCAGCAUAGAAGUAUUUCCAUUGUUUAAUUAACUUGAAGCGAUCCAAUCAUGUUUUGGGUGAGAAUAGACAAAAAUGUAAAGACAUUCAGUAUACAUCUUACCAUUGCAGUCUCUUGGCACAAUCGUGAUUUUAAGCUUGAUUACACAUCCUAGUGCUGAGGGAUGCUCAGAGUGCUAGGAAGUGUAAUCGAGCUUAAAAUCAUGAUCACCAGGAGAUGGCUAAUGUCAAGAUAUACAGUGAAAAUGGAGAUUUUUGUUUGCUCUCACCAAAAAUCAAUUACUACAGAAGAAAAGGAUUUAACCACUGGAGUUGUAUGGAUUAAUUUUGUAAUUUGUUUUUCCCCCUGAGCUUUAGAAUUUUGGUCAUCACUCGCUUGCAUUGUGAGGACCUACAGAGCUUAGGAAUUCUUCUCAAUAUCUUCAUUUGUGUCCUGCAGAAUAAAGAAAGUCAUAAACAUCAGGAAUGAGGGUGAGUAAAUGAGAUAAAAAAUAAAAAUUAAGUUUAACAGAUAUUUUUACACAUUUUAUCUAGUCUUGU